AGUCGCAACUCUUUCAGUUUAGGGUACACACGUCUGGUCCUUCAUUAACCACUUUACAUGAACGUGUGUCUCUUAGCUUUUCAUGGGAAAUGUAAAUCAAUUCCGACUUGGAUAAAGCAGGGCGUUUCGGCAAAAGUUUUUAAACACAGAUUCUAUUAAGGCAGAUGUUAAUAAUUCCAGCAGGAUUUUUACUGGCACUCAAUUAGGGAUGUGAGUUGCCGGGAUGGUGCAUAGCUUCCUGAUCCACACCCUGUGCCCGGGCAGCGCUGGUUCUGGUUCUUCCUCGGUGUGCAGGGUUCUGUACUCGCGGGCCUUCUGCUCUGAGCCCCAGGUUCUGCUCCCUGCUGGACUGGGCCCAGGUGCAGAGAGGCUGCUGCAGAAGGAACAGGUGGCAGUGGUGGCCAGGCAGGUGAAAUCGGCGUGCACUCUGUCCCGUGAAGCAGCAGGGAAGCCCCCCCCCGAAUCCUGCCCCCCUCCUUCAGAUGAGGUGGCAGCCGUGCAGGAGGCUGACUGCGGGAUGUUCCGACUGGGGGCGGGAGAGCCCUUCCAGGGGGAGAAAACUGUGCUGUGGCUGGGAGUGCUGUCCCUGGGGUUCAGCCUGGUCUGCGAGCCCCACGAAAACCUCCUGCUGGCUGAGAGCAGCCUGCGCACCCUCACCCAGCACUGCCUGGACCAGCUGCACCUCCUGGGGCCCCCCGGCACUGACGUCCUGCUCAAGGCGGACCGCAUAGAAGCGCUGCUCGACAGGUUCCUGCCACAUGGACAGCUGCUCUUUGCCAACCACCGCUUCAUCCACAGCCUGGAGAAGGAUUAUGCUGCCUCCAUGGCUAAAUGAGACAGCCCAAAAGCAGGGAGGAGUGCUGUCUAGUAACUGCUUGUGAAAUGUUUCUCUGCCUGUUGUUAACUUGUUUAGAAAUGCAGUCCAGGUGCCACACUGGAAGUUGAGCAUGUAUGGUGUUCAGAUACUGCCUGCUUUUGUGCUUGUUGAUUGUAAACUUGUCUAACCCAAAAGUCACUGCGAUGCCUGAAGCCAGUACGGUUAGCAGAGGUUUUAUUCCUCAAUCAAGUUGGGGCAUAGCUUGUGAAGAAAUUGUACUACUUACUACCCACUUUGAUGUGGGAUUGAUCUCGUCUCCAUUUGUGUAUUUAAGUGCUGCAGUUAACCCUGGUACUUUCAUAGCAUCCUUCUUUGUGCUUUUAUGCAAAUAAGUCUGGUCAGAACAGACAGCAUGUGAUUUGAACAUCACAAGUGCCAAGUGCUUGAUACCCAGUCCAGUGCUUCUGUUACCUGGGGUGGUAUCCUUGUAAGGAGGGCUGACCAAGGGCAAAAUCCAUUACUGUGACCAGGCCUUUUAUUAGGACUUCUUCUAGGUACCUAUUUGCUUCUUGUAGGUCACAUAGGCUAAUUUCUGCAACACCAUGAGAGUGAAUAUGAUCUACAGCACUGGACGUGAUUAGGUACCUGAAAGCAGCAGCAUCAUUGAUUUUAUAGCGUAUCGGAAUCUUAAUAAUAAAAAAAAAAGAUCAAGAAUUCGGUACUGCAAGAAAGGUAACGUUGCUUUAGUGCCAAUAAGUGGUAAUGGACAUGGAUUUUAAUAAAGCCUUGGUUCACAUUCAUUAAAGCACAUUCCUGGUAUGGCUGUGUUAGAAAAGAGCCAUCAGUAUUGUGAAAAAUGGAUGCACAUGAAAAAAAUCUAACUGUUAAUUACAGACAGUCAUCUCAAUAUGCCCCUGGAUCCUGAUACACUGAAUAAGUUCUAAUAAAGACUAAUAAAGCAUAUCAUCA